GAAUGAUAUAUCCCUGAAAAAUGAAGAAACUGGGGACAUGUUGCCUCGGCAGGAGAAACGAGUACUUCCUCGCCAAACAUGGUCAAAAGUCUUUGAUUUUGCGUUAAAUCUUUUCGGGAUGUCCAUUGGUCCUGGAAAUGUUUGGAGAUUCCCUUAUUUAUGCUACAAGAAUGGUGGAGGUGUAUUUCUAAUCGCAUACUUCACACUUCUCGUUCUUGUUGUAAUACCAAUGAUCAUUCUGGAAGUUUCGAUUGGACAAUAUACAGCAGUCAGCGUAGUCAAAGCAUGGAAACUGCUACCUGUAAUGCGAGGUAUUGGAUACUCAGGUCCUGUGAUUAUGUUCUUCUGUAAUGUAUAUUAUCCCGUUCUUCUGGCGUGGGCCUUGCGAUGGUUUGUUGCAGGAUUUUCGACCGAUAUGCCUUGGCUGAAAUGUAAUAAUACAUGGAAUACAGAAAAUUGUAUACCACUUGCGGCUGACAACCUUAAGGAGAAUUUUUCUUCUGUCGUUACAAACAGUGCAUUUCUUAACAAUAAUAAUAGCCAAACAAUCAAUUCUAGUUUGUUGGAUUCUUCGUCUGUGGAAGAAUUUUGGAGGGAAAAAAUUCUGGAUAUAUCAUCGAGUAUCGAGGAUAGUGGCGGUGUGAAAUGGGACAUAUUUGCUUGUCUUCUCGUGAUUUGGAUUUUAAUUUAUUUUGCGGUGUGGAAGGGAAUUGGAUGGACCAGUAAGGUUGUUUACGUUACUGCCACGCUACCCCUCGGAAUGAUGAUUGUUGUUUUAGUGAGGGGAGUGACGCUCAACGGUGCUAUGAAAGGAAUAUCUGUCUAUCUGCAGCCAAAUAUCACUAAGCUUAUGGAAGUAGAAGUCUGGACGGAUGCCGCUUCUCAGCUGAUGUUCUCGUUCCGAGUUGGUUGUGGUGGACUAACAACAUUGAGUUCUCACAACGAGUUUCAUCAUAAUUUAAUACGAGAUGCUCUAAUAUUCUGUGCUGCUAACGCCGGAACAAGUUUUGUAUCUGGAUUCGCCAUAUUUUCAGUUCUUGGUUUUCUGGCUGACGUGAAGAAUACGACAGUGGAUAAAGUGGCUGAAUCCGGUCCUGGUCUUGUUUUUGUUGCCUAUCCGACGGCAUUGUCAUUUUUACCGUGGCCAAAUUUUUGGACUGUAACUUUUUUUUUGAUGGUUGUAUUACUAGGAUUUGAUAGUCAGUUUGUACUUCAAGAAGCGUUUCUGGAAUGCACAAAAGACCUUUGGCCACACUUGUACAAGCAUAAAUGGAGUUCAGAGAUAGCCCACGCCAUCAUCGCAUUCAUAAUGUUUGUAUUAGGAAUAUCCAUGGUUACUCGGGGGGGAAUGUACGUUCUUCAUAUCUUCAAUAUUUUCUCUGCAGCGGGAUGGUGUAUAUAUUUCAUUGUUGCCUGCGAAACAAUAUCAAUAGCGUGGAUUUACGGGCACAGAAAAUGGCUCAAAAACAUGACUAGAAUGUUGGGUUCUGUUCCCCGAAUCGCAUUGAUAAUAUCCUGGAAGUUUAAUAUACCUCUUAUUGCUAUGGCAUUGAUGUUUUAUUCGCUUUACUCGUACAAGCCACUAACUUACGAUAAGACGUACCUUUUCCCUUUGUGGUCAAAUGUAUUCGGAUGGCUAACAGCACUGAGUUCAAUGUUAUGGAUACCUGGAACCGCGAUAUAUGUUAUAUGGAAAACACCAGGUUCCAGUUUCAAGAAGAAACUAAGAAAUUCAACAAAAUCUAAACUGGAAGAAGAUAUGAUUAGUGUGAGAAAGUCGGUAGAUGUGGAAGACACUGAAAAACAACCUAAUACUUCAAUUUGAAUUACUGCAUUGUAAUGUAAGGAACUGGCAUCGUUCAGACGGCGAUGGCUUCAAUUCUUUCCCCACCAACAAUAAUUAUUACAUGUUUACUGUGUAUAUUUUACACCAUCGCUUAUAUAAAAAGAUAUUAGAAAAUCAGUUUUGUAUACGUAGAGACCUAUUGUACCAUGGAAAACCAAAUAUCUUCUGAUAUCGUAUGAUCUUUUCAAUUCGUUACAUCUUAUUAUCUUUCAUGAUAUGUCCUUAAACGUAUCACCGAACAACGCUGUCAGACAAUAGCGACUAAUAUUUAGUAAGCCGUAAUCUUUAUGUUUGAUUGAAUCCCAUCAUAUUUAUUGCAUCCCGCAAAGAUGAGAAAACGUGAUGUGAUUUGAAUCCGAGAUCAUCAGGCUUGUCCAUGAGUAUGGGAUUCCCAUGGGAAACGUCCCAUGGGAUGUGAUCGAACAGCACACAUUUGUUUUUCCCGUGGGACAAGAGGAUGCUUGGGAAACGUAAGGCAAAUUGGACAAUUUUAUAUAGGAUUACGUUUUGUGUGUCAAUGAAAUUAACACUAUGUCCUCAGCGGUGCGGUUGAAACAUGCUAGUGAGGUAACGUGGUUUCACGAUAUUGCGUAUACCACGUAUAACGUACGUGAUAGUUAUUAAAAAAUUACAUUAUAGAGCGCGAUCAGAAUUCUAGCAUUGUCGGGAAACUGGUGGGCUGAUUCGGACGAAUUUUGUCUGGGAUGGUAUACACAGGAUCCAGUAAAUUUUUCCAUUGCGAUCGCGCUGGAAAAGGGGGGGAUAUCUGCUCUUGUUAUAAUUCGGUUUACAUCAGAUUUGCAUGUAACAUUAAAGUUAGGGAAAUGAUUCAGCAAUUACCCGGAUAAACUGAACUUUUAUAAACAGUCGAUGAGUGGGAAAUUGAUAAUUUGCUGAAUGAUCACAGUGACUCCAAAACAGAAAACGAGUGUCAGAAUGAUACUGGACUGCCAUAGUUGGGCAAAAAAUUUUGUCGUUUUGCAUGUCUCUUUGAGCAUAAUUAUAUAUAGUUCUAUUUGUAUACAUUUAGACCCAGCGCCGGAUUAACCAUUAAACAAUAUAA